AUGGCCCCAGGCUCGGUGAUCCGAUACCAGUGGUACCAAGCUCUCCCAGAACUGAAGGAAGCCGAUUACUGGCCUCAUAGAUCUUCUGUGUACCCAUGGCAGUCCGACGCCCCAUGGGACCCCGAGAUUUUGAAUUACGCCGUAUCGUUGCCUGCCAGUGUCUACCAGAGGGAGCGCGGCACGUCGCCGCAAGCCGAAGGCUACCGGCAGAAGCUGAGCCAGUGCUGCGGCUUCCUGCGCAACACCUUGAAGGACUUCAUCGAGUUUCCCAGCGUGGGCUCCUUCAUCCUGGUCACCGUCGUCGUCAACGUCGUCAUGCUGGUGUCCCAGACAUACGUGAGCGUGAUCGUCCGCGGAGGCUGGUUCCUGUCUGUGAUGGACUCGAUCUUCAUGGCCAUCUACAUCUUCGAGUACAGCGUCAAGGUCUUUGUCUGGAGGAAGAACUUCUUCAAGAACUUCUGGAACGACUUGGGUGAGACGCCUGCGGGGAAGAGUGGGGUAACGGUGCCUCACUUGUCGAAGGGUCUGGUGGGACGUUGUUGCGGGGGUGAGAAACGCUCGGGAGGUCGAAUCGCCCCUGUGGGAAGGGCACAGGGCGGGGCUUCGAGAGACCUGGCCAUCGUGUGCCUCACCCUGCUGGUGCUGCUGGUCUCCCUCCUGCAGCCGGCUGGAAGCAGCCGGAACAUUCGCGAGUUCACUGUCUUCCGCAUUCUCCGCAUCUUCAAACUGGCACAGGCCAUGCGCGUCUUCCAAAUCUUCAAACACAACAGGUUCCUGAUGAACAUCCAGACCAUUUUCCUGACCUGCCUCCGCUCGCUGUGGUCGAUGGGGACGGUCAUCCUGCUCAUGUUCAGUCUGACCGUCGUGUUCGCCAUCAUGUUCCGGGACCUGUUUGCUGAGGCUGACCCCUCUCGGUUCGGGGACAUGUACUCUACGAUCUACACCCUCUUCCAGCUUCUCACCCUCGAUGACUGGACCCUGGUCUACACGGCCAGCAAGGAGGCAGGUUACUGGCAUAUAAGUAUCUUCCUUGUCUUCUACAUCUUCGUCGAGCACUUUAUCUUUUUCACGCUUUUCAUCGCUAUCCUGGUCGACAACUUCCAACUGAUCAUCAACCAGCAGAACGAAGCCAAGAAGCAGAAGGAGUCGCAGAACGAGAGGGGCAGCCUGUCCGAUGAAUUCACGGACGCCGCGAACAAAGAGGGCGAGGUGAACAGAGUGAGAGAAGAUAAAGAGAUGUUCCUGAUGAGGGUCAUCGAUGAACACUAUAACAAACAGACACACAGGGAGAAGAUGCUGAUACUCUACUGUUUCCAGCUGCUGGGGGCCAUCGAGCACCAGCUGUACCUGUUCGAGAUGAAGAACACCAUGCUGAAUGAGACCCUCGAGUGCUUCUUCGAGGUACAGCCCAGCUCCCUCAGGGCGGCAGAGGGCAGCCUCGGGCAGGGCACCUCAAAGAGGGCUCGGUUCCAGACCAUGAGACCCAGGGAGCGCGAGGUGGAGACCUUGUUCGAAGGGGUUCGAGUCACCAGCCCCACCCCACCCAUCCACUCCUUCAGCAGGAACAGUAAAUAAAUAAUCUUUCGUUGCGUUGUGGCUCUGUGCAAUUCUGACCAUUCCCGCUCUCCCGAUUCUGCACGCGCGCUGCGUUCUGUGCUCAGACCCAGCGAGACGGCUUCGGGGAAGUUAUAUCCGAGAGGAAUGCAGCCCCAGUGCCACCUCCACCACCCCCCCCCCACCCGAUUCCAGCCAGCAACUGGAAAAGCAAAGAUGUAACGCUGAGGCUUUGUGAGGCAUUGGUCAGGAGGUGCUUGCGAGUAUUGCCAGCAGACUUUGGGCCCCUUGUCAAAAGAAAAGAUGUGCUGGCAUUAGAGAGGGACCAGAGGGUGUUCACGGGAAUAAUCCUGGGAACAAAAGGUUUAAUGUACGAGGAGCAUUUGAUGGCUCUGGGCCUGUACUUGCUGGAAUUUAGAAGAAUGGUGGGGGGAGGGAAUCUCUUUGAAACCAAUCAAAUAGAGUGGAUGUGGAGAGGAUGUUUCCUGUAGUAGGGGGAGUCUAGGACCAGAGGACACAGAUAGAGUGGAUGUGGAGAGGAUGUUUCCUAUAGUGGGGGAGUCUAGGACCAGAGGACACAGAUAGAGUGGAUGUGGAGAGGAUGUUUCCUAUAGUGGGGGAGUCUAGGACCAGAGGACACAGAUGGAGUGGAUGUGGAGAGGAUGUUUCCUAUAGUGGGGGAGUCUAGGACCAGAGGACACAGAUAGAGUGGAUGUGGAGAGGAUGUUUCCUAUAGUGGGGGAGUCUAGGACCAGAGGACACAGAUAGAGUGGAUGUGGAGAGGAUGUUCCCUAUAGUGGGGGAGUCUAGGACCAGAGGACACAGAUGGAGUGGAUGUGGAGAGGAUGUUUCCUAUAGUGGGGGAGUCUAGGACCAGAGGACACAGAUAGAGUGGAUGUGGAGAGGAUGUUUCCUAUAGUGGGGGAGUCUAGGACCAGAGGACACAGAUAGAGUGGAUGUGGAGAGGAUGUUUCCUGUGGUGGGGGAGUCUAGGACCAGAGGACACAGAUAGAGUGAAUGUGGAGAGGAUGUUUCCUAUAGUGGGGGAGUCUAGGACCAGAGGACACAGAUAGAGUGGAUGUGGAGAGGAUGUUUCCUAUAGUGGGGGAGUCUAGGACCAGAGGACACAGAUAGAGUGGAUGUGGCGAGGAUGUUUCCUGUGGUGGGGGAGUCUAGGACCAGAGGACACAGAUAGAGUGAAUGUGGAGAGGAUGUUUCCUAUAGUGGGGGAGUCUAGGACCAGAGGAUACAGAUAGAGUGGAUGUGGAGAGGAUGUUUCCUGUGAUGGGGGAGUCUAGGACCAGAGGACACAGAUAGAGUGGAUGUGGAGAGGAUGUUUCCUAUAGUGGGGGAGUCUAGGACCAGAGGACACAGAUAGAGUGAAUGUGGAGAGGAUGUUUCCUAUAGUGGGGGAGUCUAGGAUCAGAGGACACAGAUAGAGUGGAUGUGGAGAGGAUGUUUCCUGUGGUGGGGGAGUCUAGGACCAGAGGGUGCUGCCUAGGAAUAGAGGGGCAUCCUUCUAGAUGAUGAGGGAUUUCUUUAGCCACGAGGUGGUGAAUCUGUGGAAUUCAUUGCUACAGACGCCCAGGAAGGCCAAGUUAUUGGGUGUAUUUGAAGCUGAGGUUGUUAGGUUUUUGAUUAGUCAGGGCUCCAAAGUGCCAGCGUCCACUCGAUGGAAACGUCCUGGGAUGGGAGGGCUGUGGGUAAAUGAAUCGGACAUACACUUUGAUCAAAGGACGAUAUUAAAAUGCAGAAGAUGCUGAGGGGGCAGGGUGGGGUGAGGUGUUUGCCCUCGGUGGGGGAGCCUUCAGCAAGGUGAUGGGGCCACAGGAUCGUUGGGGGGGGCGGGGAGUGGUUCUUGUAAAACAGAGGAGGAGAAUGGCUUUGCCUUCUGGAGUCAGCAUGGGCCCACUGCAUUGAAUCCAAAAUGGUGAAAAUUCUCCUCGGGGGGGGGGGGCGGAGGGUCAGCGAAUCUCUGGAAUUCUCGCCCACCACGACGCCCCACACUCCGGAGAACCAUAUAACAAUUACAGCACGGAAACAGGCCAUCUCGGCCCUUCUAGUCCGUGCUGAAUGCUUAUCCUCACCUAGUCCCACCGACCCAUAUAACAAUUACAGCACGGAAACAGGCCAUCUCGGCCCGUGCUGAAUGCUUACCCUCACCUAGUCCCACCGACCCAUAUAACAAUUACAGCACGGAAACAGGCCAUCUCGGCCCGUGCUGAAUGCUUACCCUCACCUAGUCCCACCGACCUGCACUCGGCCCAUAACCCUUCAUUCCUUUCCUGUCCAUAUACCUAUCCAAUUUUACUUUAAAUGACAAUACCGAACCUGCCUCUCUACCACUUCUACUGGAAGCUCGUUCCACACAGCCACCACUCUCCGAGUAAAGAAAUUCCCCCUCGUGUUACCCUUAAACUUCUGCCCCCUAACUCUCAACUCAUGGCCUCUUGUUUGAAUCUCCCCCACUCUCGAUGGAAAUUCCGCCACAGGCCUGAAACUGGCUGCAAGAGGAGGUUUGGGAAUGGGGCGAGCAACCCGCCCCAUCCCGUUAAAAACCUAGAAAUGUCAACAGAAGCUCCAAAGCCCUCGUUCCUGGGAAAGGAAGGGGAAGCUGGCCAACACCUAGGGAACAACCAGAGGGCUCUGGUGAGCUGCUGCCAGGGGCCUAAGCCCCAGCAGGAGUGAUGGACUUAAAUAAGAAUAAGCUCCUGCCCUCAACAGAGUCAAGGGGGCUUUUAAAGAGGGAAAUUUUUUGAACGACCGGGGUAUUGAGGGCGAUGGGGGACUGGCACAGAAGAGAGGGCGCAGAACAGAUGGGAUCAUGUUGAAUGGCGGGAGAGGCUUGAAAGGCCAAAUGCCUGCUCCUGCCCCAUUGGGGCCUUUCGUCAUUUUGAAGAUCUACCCCUCCCCACCCCAAACCACUGAAAGGAGUGGAU